GGCAGGGUACUGUCCGUGGCUCACGUGGAGCACGGGGGUGGGAUGUCCAAACGAGAGGGGGACUGCAGCAUCCCCCUGCCCAUCUCAGUGCAAGCAGGGCAGCUUAAAUGUUAAUUUGGAUAUAGAGAUCUUGCCCUAUUAAUGGUAGCAAGCACUGGAAAAUGCCGGGGAGCCAGCAAGUACAUUGCUGUGCAUCUGCUGGUGCGUUUGGGAUGCUUAUUGUGAGCUGGGGUAGAAACUGCCCUGCACAGAGCUCCCCAUAAUGCCUCUCAGCAAAGCUGCAUGCAUGUGCAGGGAUGUGUGUGACUGGAGCUGGCUGAGCACCCUCACCUCUGGGCUGCAAAGUGGAGCUGGCAUCAUGAAUGGGUGGGCGGGGACCAAGGGUUUGUGUGAAGCCACCCCAAGGCCUGGGGUCUUCCUGGGUUUGGGUGAGGCAGAGACAUGAUUGUUCUUUUGCAGAUGGAGGGUUCCAAGAAGCUGGAGAGCAGCCUCCUGACACAGCCCUGGGCUUCUGUUUGCCUUAGUGAGUGCCCUUUUAUUGCCAAAGUAUGCUUCAGGGAUACUGGCUACAUCCUGCUCAUCUCUGACCUCAGCAGCGUCUGGUACGAGAGUGCAGAUGCCGAGGCUGUGGGACAAAGGUCCAAGGAGCUGAACAAGCGGCUGACAGUCCAGGUGUCCUCCUUCCUACACCACUUGUGCAAACUGAUGGACCCCUUGCUGGCAGGGCAGCCGGAUGCCACCACCUCCUUCUCCUGCCGCCGCACUGCCAGCGGGCUCAGCCUGCACGUGAAGAGUGAGCUCUCCGGACUGCCCUUCUACUGGGACUUCCACUGCUGCCCUGCUCCUGUGGAGAUGGUGUCCCGCCACCUCGUCAGGCCCUUGAUUCAGAUGAGCCUGGCGCUGCAGUCCCAGGUGCAAAAGCUGGCCUCCCUACUGCUUCAGAAGGAUGCUGAGAUUGAAGACUACAGGGAGAGUGGGGCCACUCUCAGCAGAGAUCGCCUGCGGACGGAGCCCUUCCAGGAGGAGACAUUUCAGCAGUGCUUCAUGGUUAAGAGCCUGCCCCAGAUCUGCGGUGCUGGAGAAGGGCAGGCAUUUACCUCCACUUUGCAGCAGCUCUACAUGGCAGUGACACAGCAGGAGGCCAGGCAGGCUCAGAAACGGCAGCACUCAGAGGAUGCUGAGGACCCGGCACCUCCUGCAGAAACCACAGGUCAUCCCCAUCCACCACCUUCAUCCCAGGAAGAUGAAACAGCAUCUUCCAGUGAGGGAAUCACACCAACCUCCUCCCCAGCUCAGAAGCCCCGGCUGCCUGCAGCCAAGACCAAGCCAAAGAAGGCAAAAGGGCUCUUCAGCUGAAGCAUCACUGCCACCCAGCCUGAGGGUCUCUGCUCCCCCCGGCAUCCAAGAGAGGCAGUGCAGAACACCCAUGGGUGCUCUUCAUCUCCUGCACCACCUGGCAGACCCUGCCCGGCUCACGGUUCCCUCCUGAGGUGUCUCCAGCCAGGGAGAUGGGGCAUCGCCUUUCUUCAACCAUGUCUCAGGAACCUCUUUUCUAGCUCUCUCCUGGUGCAGAGCUUGCUCAGGCUGCCUCGUGGUGGAGCCAGUACUGGAGCAGGGGGCGGUGGGAGGCAUGCUGCUGGGUGGGUGUGGGACAGCCAUGCCCUGGCAGGGCUGUGGGGGUUG